GGAUGGCUGUAACUCUCCUUCAUGCCCUCACAUAGGGGCACAGGGUGCUGGUGCAUCCCUGACAGAUAUUGCUAUUCAGAAGAAUUUUGAUUUCAUGCACACAGAGAGUGGGACCCAUGCUGACUAAAACAUUUCAGAGACCCACGGUUACUGCAGGGUUCAACAUGUCAAACACAGUCCAAGAAACGUCUACAGUUGAAACUUCUUGUUCUGAAGAUGCUGAUAUUAAGCUAUCCUUCUUACCUGAAAAACUAAGGGAAAGACUGCUUCCUUUUCAGAAGAAAGGCAUCUUGUUUGCACUUCAGAGAAGCGGCAGGUGUAUGAUAGCUGAUGAGAUGGGACUGGGGAAGACAAUCCAAGCAAUUGCUAUUUCUUACUACUAUAAAAAGGAAUGGCCUCUCUUAAUAGUAGUCCCUUCAUCUCUGAAGUACCCUUGGAUUGAUGAGAUGGAGAAAUGGAUUCCAGAACUCUGUCCAGAUGAUAUCAGCAUCAUUCAGAACAAAACUGACACUGGGGGAAUAUCGACCAGCAAAGUGACAGUUCUGGGUUAUGGCCUACUAACUACAGAUGCACAGACUUUAGUAGAUACUUUGUACAAACAAAAUUUCAAGGUAGUUGUGGUUGAUGAGUCUCACUAUAUGAAAUCCAGGAAUGCAACCCGCAGCAAGAUUUUGUUGCCAAUUGUGCAAAAUGCUGCACGAGCAAUUCUUCUUACUGGAACUCCUGCUCUGGGAAGACCCGAAGAGCUUUUCAUGCAGAUUGAGGCACUUUUUCCAAGAAGAUUUGGAACCUGGAGUGAAUAUGCAAAAAAAUACUGCAAUGCUCAUGUCAGGUUUUUUGGUAAAAGAACUCUAUGGGACUGCAGAGGGGCUUCAAACUUAGAUGAAUUACAUCAGUUGUUAAGUAACAUAAUGAUCAGACGCUUGAAGAAUGAAGUUCUAACCCAGUUGCCUCCCAAAAUUAGACAACGCAUUCCAUUUGAUCUCCCAAAAGCUGCUGCUAAGGAGCUGAAUACCAGCUUUGAAGAGUGGGAGAAAUUAAUGAGGGCUCCAAAUUCAGAUGUCACUGAAAGCCACUUUGUUCAAGUCAUGGGUCUGAUUACACGCAUGUAUAAACAAACUGCCAUUGCCAAGGCAGGAGCGGUAAAGGACUAUAUCAAAAUGAUGCUUGAGAAUGACAAACUUAAGUUUCUGGUUUUUGCUCACCACUUAAGCAUGCUCCAAGCUUGUACAGAGGCAGCCAUAGAAAACAAGGCACGUUACAUUCGGAUAGAUGGAAGUGUUCCUUCAGUAGAAAGAAUCCAUCUUGUCCAUCAGUUUCAGAAGGAUCCUGAUACUCGUGUGGCCAUCCUGAGCAUUCAAGCUGCUGGUCAGGGUUUAACUUUUACUGCUGCCACUCACAUCGUGUUUGCUGAAUUAUACUGGGACCCUGGACACAUGAAGCAAGCAGAAGACCGAGCACAUCGAAUUGGACAGUGUAGUUCUGUAAAUAUCCACUACCUUAUUGCAAAAGGAACUUUGGAUCCUCUUAUGUGGGCAAUGUUGAAUCGCAAGGCCAAAGUUACAGGCAGCACAUUGAAUGGUAAGAAGGAGAAAUUGCAGGCUGAAGAAGGUGAUAAGGACAAGUGGGAUUUCUUGAGUUUUGCUGAAGCCUGGACCCCGAACGAAAGUCUUGAAGAGAUCAAGAAUGAAGUUUUAUUCACUCAUUUUGAAAAAGAAAAACAACAUGACAUUCGUGCCUUCUUUUCACCAAAACCAUCUACUGAGAAAAAACGCAAAACUGAUUCUUGGGAUAAAUCACCGAACUUUACUUUAGGAGAUUCUAAAGUCAUACCAGCAAAGGACAUAGAGGAGGGCAGCAGGCAUUUGGAUGCCAGAGAAAUAAUUGAUGUGGAUGCAGUUUGUUAUGAAAAUGGUUGUGAGCCUGAAGCUAAAAGACCAAGAGCUAUAAGUACACCCACCCAAAGCAGCUGUAGUAAGAAAAAGAGAAAAACUUUGCCUGGAAAAACAAACUCUUUGUUUACCAAAGAAACUGAUAAUGAGUUUUCUGGUGACUCUCUGUCUAAUUCAAGGAAAAAAUCACCUUUAGCCAAAGCCUGGUGUUGUAGUCUUUGCACUUACACUAAUAAUUUGUUAUUACCUUAUUGUGAAAUCUGCGAAUGUCCUCGUGGCAGUGAUGAUAAAAAGAAUACAAAUCAAAUGAAUGAUCCUCCCUCUACUCUGAGUGAAGGAGAAAAUGCACCACAGGACUCUAGAAAAAUCAAAGGUAUAGCAGUAUGCAAUGCAGACAAUGAGAGAAAGGACUUAGUACAAACAGCGACUGAAUCAUCUGAUGAAAUUGGGGGACAAGUAGCUAAUGCCGUUGAAAAUGGAUCUGAAGAAUGGAAGCAAAAGCCUCAAGAAGGACAUGUUGAUAAUUCAGAUACUUUUCCAGUGUAUGAUGUGCUGAACUUCUGUGCAAGUAGGAAUACUGAUAGAAUUCACCUCUAUACAAAGGAUGGAAAAUCACUGAACUGUAAUUUUAUUCCAUUGGAUAUAAAAUUGGAUAAUUGGGAGGAUUUACCAGAGAAUUUUCAGCAAAAACAAAAUCGUUCAUUGAUUCAGAGGUUUGUGAGAGAAUGGAGUAGUCUAACAGCCAUGAAGCAGAAAAUUAUCAGAAAAAGCGGCAAUACUUUUUGUAGCCCUAUUCUUGCUGCAGAAGAGAUUUCUAAACAACAGGCCAGGCUGAGCAGCACCAAAAGAUAUGUGACAAAAGAGGAUGUUGCUGUAGCCUCACUCAGCAAAGCUAACAGCAGUGGGGGCAGCGUAUGCUUGGUUACGAAGGAAACUGCGUUUUACCUGAAAAAUGAAGGUACUUCUGCUGGGAAAACAGAUGGCCAUUCCACAAAGUUACUUUUAAAAGAUGGGAAAGUUUCCCCUGUUCUUAAUGCAGACUCACUUCAGGCUGAAGUUAUUGAAAGUCCUGCCAUAUACAAAGGAUAUUUACAGGCUGUAGAUAAUAAAGGAAAUCCACUUUGUCUUAGCUGCCAAAAACCAACAGUUCAUCUCGACCAAAAUUGCAAAUCUAUUGCUUGGGAAACACGAUUUUGUUCUCUUCAAUGCCAGGAAGACUUCUUAAUUCGCUCUAGUCAGAGUUACCUGAGGAGUAAAGUAUUUGAAGUCGAACAUGGUGUUUGUCAGCUUUGCAAUCUCAAUGCCCAGGAACUCUACCUUAGCAUCAAAAAUGCCCCUAAGAGUCAACGUAAGAGUCUUCUGGAGAGUUCUUGGAUGUCUCAGCUUCCAUUAGGACAGUUAAAUGAAAUUAUAACAAACCCAACAGAAGGCCAGUUCUGGCAGGUGGAUCAUAUCAAACCAGUAUAUAAUGGAGGAGGACAGUGCUCUCUGGAAAAUCUUCAAACUCUAUGUACAGUUUGUCAUAAGGAGAGAACUGCUAAACAAGCCAAGGAAAGAAGCCAGAUGAAACGACAUUCUUUAGCUUCAAAAUAUGGAUCUGAUAUCACAAAAUUUUUUAUAAAGAUGUGAGUAGGAUAUAGCAUCAUAUACUACUGAUGUGAAAUGCAAAUAUGUUUAGUUGUAAUAUUUCAGAACUAUCAUGUAUGUGCAUGGGUUUGGUUUGGCACUGAUGCAGAAUUCUGAAUCUUUACAGUCUAAUUCUUUUUAAAGAGUAACUUCUGAUAAAUCUUACUCAGUCAAAACCAAGGCUAGGGAAAGAAAUUAUUCUAUUUCAUAAUUGCUUCAGUAUUUCUGGGAUGUCAGCAAAACACAUCAUCAUAUUGUUAUCAUAUACCAUGCAAGUUUCUUCACUAGAUGGAUCCAUAGCUUUAAAACUAAAUAUUGUGCGUUUUGUUGUCAUAAGUCAGAAACUUAAUGUUGUUUCAGUAUAUGUUAUUUGACCUAUUUUUUUUCUACUGUAUUACUGUUUCCAAAUUAGAUUAUGUGUAACUACACCAUUCAGAAACUGGUGAAGCUCUACUGGAAUGUUUAUUGGCUUUGCAUUGUUCUGGCAUACUAGGGGCAAAUAUCUUACAGUAAAGAUGGCUUUGCUUAAAUCAUUAUUUGGUGUCUUUGGUUCCGACAUUAAAAUUAUUUUUAACAUACAGAAAUAGACAAAUGUUCCCUAAAUGAAGUAAGAGAGGAAGGUUUUUACUUUUCUAUUUUUCUAUUUCUAUAUUUCAAUACUUGGGAGAUGUUCUGAUACUAAAGUGAUAGUGGACAUAUAAAUACCUAGACUGAUAACUGUGAGUGUCAUUGUUGGGGAAUUGAGUUUGGAUUGAGUUUAUUUUCAGCAGUUAUUUUGGCUACAGAAUAAAAGGGAAGUGGCAACAGUUUAAUUGUCAGAAUUACUUGAAGGUUAUUGCCUAUACUAACUGCAUUUUUCUACUUUAUUUUUCAAAACAAAUGUAGUGACUGCUGUUUUCAUGGGUGGUAUAGUACAUUAGAUGGUUAAUGUUUCAAAAUAUGACUGAGUCCAACUGAACCUGAAACUGAAUUAAUACACAUGACAGAGAACACUGUAUUUCCUAUAGGAGCUUGUUUUUUAUUAGAUAAAAUAAAAUUUGCGUUCACAGUA